CCGCCUUGCCGACAGCCUCUCGCGCAUUCGCGGCAUGGAAAUCACAGUGGUCGAGGCGUCCGGCGCUCGGGAGAAGGUGGCGGUCGGGCAGCAGGCCACGCUCGGCGAGCUGCGGCGCCGCAUCCUCUCGCUCUCGCUCCGCUCGUGCACGCUUGCCCGCUCGGCGCCCGCCAAGACGCUGCACAUCUGCUUUGACGGCGGGGUCCUCGGCCCCGAUCGGGACGCGACGUCGUUGGUCGCGCUCGGCGUCACCGGUGCGCCCGUCGUGGUCGUGAUUCUCGCCUCGGCUGCAGCAGCGAGCGGACAGGCGCCACCGCAAGGCCCGGCCCUCGGUUCGUCCUCCUCUCCCUCCUCCCUCGGGCAGCCGACCCGGUCCGCAGAGGAGGGAGGCGGCGAGCCGCCGCCGCCGCCACCGACCGCCGCCGCCCCCGCCGCCUCCCUCGACCCGCCCGAGGACGCGCUCUGCCGGAUCUGCUUUGGCGGUGAGGGGGAGAACGGGCUCGGCCGGCUCAUCGCGCCCUGCCUCUGCUCCGGCUCGAUGAAGUACGUGCACGUGCCGUGUCUGAACGAGUGGCGAACAGCGUCGGCGAACGCGUCGUCGCUGUACGAGUGCGAGCAGUGCCGGUACAAGUACAACAUCGCCCGCACCGAGCUUGUGCGCGCGGUUGCCGUCAGCCUGCUCCUCCUCUCCGUGGCCGCCGGCGCCCUCCUCCUCGGCCCUCUCCACCCAGAGGCGCUGCUCUACCGGCUGGUCGAGUUUGAGCCCUCCAACCCUUGGUCGUGGGGCCCGCGCUGGGCCGCCACCGCGCGGCGCUGCAACUUGCUCCGCGGUCGGUGGGUUCGGGGGUACUGUGGGGGCUCGCGCUGCGACCGCGUGGUCGCCGGCACGUUGCCCGUCGCGUGCGUCGGCCUCUACCAUUCGCUGUACGCCGCCUGGCUGCAAAACAGGCGCGUGUCGAAUGCGCGGGUGCCGCACGUGUCCAACUCGUGGAUCAUCGGCCUGCUCACCAUGUUCGCCACCAACGGGAUGCGCUUCGCGCGCGUCCUCGUCGCCAUCGGCCUCGCGCACUCGUGCCGCUCCGCCUACCACCAGUGCCAGCACCUCUCCAAGCGCGCGCUGACGCGGUGGGGCACCCGCAUCCUAAGCGCGAGGGCGUGAGGCGCGUCGCGCCGCCGCCAACUCGCAACCGCGUGGUUUUGUGCCGGUGAUCAUGAAAGGGAGGGAAGUGUCCGAGGGGGGGACGGCGGUUUGGGGCUGCUUGACCCGACCCUCCCUGAAUCUGAAGUCCUUGCUUCUCUGUCCACCUAGCUUUCUUUCUGCCUGUCCUACAACCUUGCACUUUGAAUGCCGUGGGGCUCCUGCCCGUGUCCGGGUGUGGAGAUGCGAGGGUGCCCCCCCCUUGCCCCACCACUUUGUGUGUGUGGAGACGUUUACCUUACCUUACCUUACCUUACCUUCC